AUGUCUACCAGUGCCUUUAUCAAACAGUUGGCUACACAUGACAAACCAACUCGUGAUGAUGCUUUGGAAAAACUUGGCAGUUUUUUGAAGCACUCAAAAGUUCUUCCAGAGUUGCAAUACCAGAAGCUUUGGAAAGGUUUGUUCUACGCCAUGUGGCAUUGUGAUAAACCAAUUCCCCAACAACACUUGGCUCUACAAUUGGGGGAGUUGUACUAUAAUAUUCCUGAAACCAAGUUCAUCCCUUUUUUCAGGGCCUUUUGGGUUGUCAUAACCAGAGAAUGGAAAGAUCUAGACAAGUGGAGAGUGGACAAAUUCUUGAUGUUAAUUCGUAAGAUCCUUAACAAAUCUUUAGCAAAACUGAAAAGUGAAGACUACGAUAGGGAUUUACUUGAAAAAUAUAUUCAAGUUUUGUCAGAAUACCCACUCCAUAUUAACGAUAUUAUUGUCCCUAGAACUAUUACGUACCACUUGUGUGAUAUUUAUACUGAUGAGUUGGAAAAGGUUAUGUUUAGUGGGCUUCCUGGAUUUGAAGAAGAAGAAGAUUACGAGGAAGAAGAUGAAGUCUCGGCUCCUAUCGAAAAAAAAACCAGAGAUACUGAUAAUUCAGACGAUGAGGCCUCUGAUACCGAUCCAGAAACGAGUGACGAAGAAGACGAAGGUGAGAAUACUGAAAACGAGUCAGAAGAGGAACCGAUCAAACUCUCUGCGGAAGAAGAAACGGCUCUGUGGAAAACAAAGAUGGAGAUUAUCCAUGAAACUCCUAUCGACAAAUUACUCUCACCUUUUGUCUCAUUGAAGAAAGAUACCUCAAAUAAACCAUUAAAAUUGAAAAUCCAAGAAGCAGUUCUUGCUGAUCCAAGACUCGGCAAAUGGAAAGUUAAAUCGUACCGAAAGCCUAAACCAAAACCAAAACCUCUUCAGGUGCUACAGAAACAGUUAUACGAACAGAUCAAAUAUAAAAAGGGUAAAGCAGUCACAGGUGAAGACGACGAUGAACUCAAAGACGAAGACGAAGAUGACGAUGACGAGGUCAUCUCGGAGAGUGAAGCUGAUAACUCUGAUGAAGAAGAAGAUGAAGAAUGGAAUGGCUUUGGAACUAUCUAG